UGUCAUUUCUGUUCAUCAUGGUAGCCUUGGGCCUUUCGUCUUCACCCCACUGUGUCCUCAUACGCCCAAAUCCACCGCAGCCCCAAGCACCUCCCUCUACCUCUUCUUCAAAUUCAAGCAACACCCAUUGCUUAACAAGGCGUAAAGCUUUCGCCUUUACUGCUUCGGUUGUGUCCUCUUACAUUCUUGAUUUGUAUCAGACUUCAUCGCCUAAUUCCUCUGCUGCCGCAUUACAAGUGGAUGAUGAGCUUCAGCAAGAGGAAGACAGGCUUGUUCAACUCUUUCAGGAGGCAUCCCCUUCUGUUGUUUACAUUAAGGAUAUUGAGUUGGCCAAAGGCUCCAAGGACACUGCUGUGAUCGAACUGGCAGAUGAUGAGAAUGCAAAGGUGGAAGGAACAGGUUCUGGCUUCAUUUGGGAUAAGUUUGGUCACAUUGUUACUAAUUACCAUGUUGUCGCUAAAUUGGCAACAGAUCAAAGUGGACGGCAGCGUUGUAAGGUAUUUUUAGCGGAUGCUAAAGGUAAUAGCAUUGCUAAAGAAGGAAAGAUUAUUGGUGUGGAUCCAGCAAAUGAUCUCGCAGUCCUGAAGGUUGACGUUGAAGGGAUUGAACUAAAGCCGGUCCUUCUUGGUUCAUCUCGUGGUUUACGUGUUGGUCAGAGUUGCUUUGCCAUAGGAAAUCCCUAUGGAUUUGAGAACACACUAACAACAGGGGUGAUCAGUGGAUUAGGCAGAGAGAUACCUUCACCAAGUGGAGGAGCCAUUCGAGGAGCUAUUCAAACAGAUGCCGCUAUUAAUGCCGGGAAUUCUGGCGGCCCAUUGAUUGAUUCGGACGGCCAUGUUGUUGGAGUAAAUACAGCCACGUUCACUCGCAAAGGUUCAGGAAUGUCCUCGGGAGUUAAUUUUGCCAUACCAGUAGACACAGUUGUACGAACCAUACCUUACUUGAUCGUGUAUGGAACAGCUUACAAAGAUAGAUAUUGAAGAUCUAUUGCACUUGAAUUUCAAACAACUGCUCCCACCCCUCAUGGCAGGUACAUCCUAGCCUCCAAACUCAUGGCCUUAGUGGUUUUCAUUGGAUAGUAAUCGAAAUUGAUGUUAGGGCUUUUCACUGAACGCUUGAGGUUGAUCCACUGUCCCGGUGCAUCUCCUCGUAUCAGAGUUGAUGUAUCGAAUCCCAUGAACGAAAUAAAUUGUUAGCAGUUAACCGAAACUCGAUGAUUUUUCCUGUAAACAAACUUUGCUUUAUUGCAUGAAAACUAUAAAGUGAAAAAUAAAAUUAUAGUUGUAGAAUC